AUGAUGAAGUGCUGGCGAGGGAGAGAGAAGGAGGCGAUCGUUUCCACUUCUUCUUCUUCGUCUGUCCAUUGCUCCUUCCACACAGAGACUGUGGUAGAGAGAGAAAGUAGAGAGGGAGUCAAGAUGAGCGCCCCAAUGCCAUUCUGGAGAGCAGCUGGGAUGACUUACGUAACGUACUCCAACAUCUGCGCCAAUCUGGUGAGGAACUGCCUCAAGGAGCCUCACAAGUCCGAAGCCAUCAGUCGCGAGAAGGUCCACUUCGCCCUCUCCACCUGGAAGGACGGCAAGGCCGAGAAGCCUGUUAUUCGUUCGGAUAUGCCGGAAGACUGACAGCAAUGACAGAGGAUCAAUAAAAUGCUGGAAAGGGGAUGUGAAUGUCUGCUGAAGCUGAUGUUCUUUCAAUGGAGUGGGCAUUUUGUUGUUGAUCCGUGAUGACUACACCUUAUGAGACUCAUUCUUGAUUUCUCAUGUACCCGCCGGUGUUUGAGUUGAAAUAAUGGUACUCUUGCCAUAUGCAGAAUGUACUGCUCAAAUGAUGCGUUGAAACUCAUGUCGAGCUACUUUUGGGUUA